CGGCCCAGAAGACCCCUGGACUCCCCACAGAGAAAACAGCAGCGAGCUCAGGCACACCUCAAGGAAGCAGCACAACAAAGCCGGGAAUCGUCGCUGUCGACCGGGGCAGCACAACCGUCACAAAAGGGUCGUCGACAGUCAGCUCCGGGGGAGCUGGGCCACAAACCACACCCGCGGCAAAGCUACAUACGACAUCCCAGGUUACACAGCCGACCACAAACGCAAUACCUGUGGGGGCUCCUGGGGCUACAGUCCACCAAUCGGCCGACCAAUCCACACCCCCCAGCCCAGGGGUCUUGGUGAGGACAACAGCUUCUAAGGCCCGCCCACCACAGGAAGGCCCGCCUCUUGAUGGCCCAACCAGUCACUCAUGGUUUCUGACCCAUACUCAGUUCCGGUGUGAGGGAGCGAUACCUUCGGCACCCCAGAAUGUCAUUCUGAACCUCAACCAGUCCAUGCCGUGUGAAGACUUGAUCAAGAGCUCCCUGGAAGAACCGCUGCUUGACAUGCUCUGCAAAGCCCAGAAGCCCAACUUCAACCGAAACCGAGACCAUUGCCUGGUGCAGCUGGCCUCCGUCGCGAGUGAUCCCAACGCUGUGGCGAUCCUCGGCGUCUCGGUGCAAAUAAAUUCUGUGGCUGAGGAGCUGUUUGAAUCUCUGAAAAUAAAGGAAGGAGAAUUAAAGAAGCUUGGAGUGAACGUCAGCUACGCCGGCCAGUACUCAGACAUGGACAGCGAGGACCGGUUCAGCAUGCCCUUGAUCAUCACCAUCGUCUGCAUGGCGGCGUCCCUUCUCCUCGUGGCCGCCAUCUAUGGCUGUUGCCACCAGCGCAUUUCCCAAAGGAAAGACCAGCAACGCCUGACAGAGGAGCUGCAAACCAUGGAGAAUGGCUACCACGACAACCCCACCUUGGAGGUGAUGGAGACCUCCUCAGAGAUGCAGGAGAAGAAGGUGAACCUGAACGGGGAGCUGGGAGACAGCUGGAUCGUCCCGAUGGACAACCUAACGAAAGAGGAUCUGGAGGAGGAAGAGGACACACAUUUAUAAUUCCAAAAACAGAAACACACAGAGAGAGAACGGACUUCACACUAAGCAAAAUAAGAAAGAAAGAAAGAAAAAGGAAAACUGAAAUCGCAGCCGCAAGUGCCGACAGAGCGGGGGGAGUGGAGAGAGCAUUGUUUUCAUAAGAGCAGAGAGUCUCACGUUAGGCAUCUGCCACGGCCACAACUUUAAAAAAAAAAAAA